AGGACAGGCAGACACCAGGACAGGAGGCGGGCGGCGGCCGCGCGGAGCCCGCAGACCCCGGCCCAGCAGCCCUCCAGUCCUGCGGAGUCCCCCGGGGCGCCGGGCAUCCUCCGCGGGCCCUGCCGCCUCCUCUCCCCGACAGCCGGGUCCCAUGGCGGGGGCGCGGGCGACGUUCGGGCCCUGGGACUACGGGGUCUUCGCCGCCAUGCUGCUGCUGUCGGCGGGCAUCGGGCUGGGGGUCGGGCUGGCGCGGGGCGGGCCGCGCAGCGCUGACGACUUCUUCACCGGAGGACGCCGUCUGUCCGCGCUGCCCGUGGGCCUCUCGCUGGCCGCCAGCUUCAUGUCGGCCGUGCAGGUGCUGGGGGUGCCCGCUGAGGCGCACCGCUACGGCCUCAAGUUCCUGUGGAUGUGCCUGGGCCAGGCGCUCAACUCGCUGCUCACCGUCGCGCUUUUCCUGCCCGUCUUCUACCGCCUGGGCCUCAUCAGCACCUACCAGUACCUGGAGUUGCGCUUCGGCCGCGCGGUGCGCCUCUGUGGGACCACGCAGUACCUGGCGGCCACGGUGCUGUACACGGGCAUCGUCAUCUACGCUCCCGCGCUCAUCCUUAACCAAGUGACCGGGCUGGACAUCUGGGCAUCGCUCCUGUCAACCGGUGCCAUCUGCACUAUCUACACGACUGUGGGCGGCAUGCGGGCGGUGGUCUGGACCGACGUCUUCCAGGUGCUGGUGAUGCUGGUUGGAUUCUGGGCCAUCCUGGUCCGCGGCACUGUGCUUGUCGGCGGGCCCGGGCGGGUGCUCGAGCUCGCCCGGAACCACUCCCGGGUCAACUUCUUGGACUUUGACCCUGACCCUCGGAGCCGCUACACAUUCUGGACUUUCCUGUGGGGCAGCACCUUUCUGUGGCUCUCCAUGUACGGCGUGAACCAGGCGCAGGUGCAGCGCUACGUGGCCUGCCGCACCGAGAGGGAGGCCAAGCUGGCCCUGCUUGUCAACCAGCUGGGCCUGUUCCUGAUCGUGUCCAGUGCCGCCGGCUGCGGCAUCGUCAUGUUUGCGCUCUACAGCGACUGCGACCCUCUCCUCACGGGGCGCAUCUCUGCCCCCGACCAGUACAUGCCCCUGCUGGUGCUGCAGAUCUUCGAGGGCCUGCCUGGUGUCCCGGGUCUCUUCCUGGCCUGUGCGUACAGCGGCACCCUUAGCACGGCCUCCACCAGCAUCAACGCCAUGGCCGCCGUCACCGUCGAGGACCUCAUCAAGCCGCGGCUGCCCGGCCUGCCCCCGCGAAGGCUCACGAUCAUCUCCAAGGGGCUCUCGCUCAUCUACGGCUCGGCCUGUCUCACCAUGGCAGCUCUGUCCUCGCUGAUGGGGGGCGGCGUGCUCCAGGGCUCCUUCACGGUCAUGGGCGUCAUCAGCGGCCCCCUCCUCGGAGCCUUCAUCCUAGGGAUGUUCCUCCCGGCCUGCAACACGGCGGGCGUCCUGGCGGGGCUGGGCGCGGGGCUGGCGCUGGCGCUCUGGGUGGCCUUGGGCGCCACCGUGUACCCGCCCAGCGCGCAGAUCAUGGGGGUCCUGCCGACGUCGGCCGCGGGCUGCUCGGGCCCCGCAGCCAACGCCUCCCUCGGGGCCCUCAGCCCCGGAGCGGACGCGGGCCGGCCUGCCCUGGCCGACAGCCUCUACGCCAUCUCCUACCUCUACUACGGCGCCCUGGGCACGCUGAGCACCGUGCUGUGCGGGGCCCUCGCCAGCUACCUGACGGGCCCCACCAAGCGCAGCACCCUGGGCCCCGGGCUGCUGUGGUGGGACCUGGCCAGACAGAUGGCCUCGGUAGCCCCCAAAGAGGAAGCGGCCCCCCUGGAUGGCAGCACCGCCAAGGGUCCCGAGGAACUUGUCCCUGAAACCAAGAAGCCCCCCGGCUCCCUGCCCGCCGGCGAGGACCGUGCGCUCUGCCCAGGGCGGAAGGAGGAGGGGGCGGCCGUCCCGAGCCCGGACGCAGGCGCAGAGGUGCGGGAGACGGACCUGUCUCCACGUCCAGGCCCCUGUGCACUGGCGGGGAAAUGGGGCCCAGACAGGGCUGAACCCUGCACGGCCCCUGGGGGCUAUGGGACCCCGAGAGCUGACACGCCGCGGGAGGCCCCAGCUGCUCGUAGUGACCCCCCACCCCCACCCCCCGGGAUCUGA